UCCCACAAAUACAUGCCUCUCUAAAGCCAUACUAUUCAUAGGUUUAUCAUAAAAGCGGGAAACCAAACAUUUUUAGAUGGAGAAAGAAACCUCACAAACUAGUUUGAAAAAGUUGCUAAAGACAGAAAAUGUAACAUAGCCUCAUGUUCUUUCCUUAAACCCUAAAAAUAGCAUUGAAACUCAUCUUCGAUUUUCUUUAUUAGCCCCAUCGAGAUCUUUCUAUCCAUUUGUUCUAAGCUUUGUAAAUACCAAACACCAAAAACCCCUCCCCCAAUAAAAAAGACAAAAAAAAUCAGAGCUAGAAGGGGGCUUAUAGCCACAGUUACAGGCCCCGUCUGCUCCAUUUCUAACAUGUUAUAGACACAUUAGAAAGUAGAAGAAAAAAAAAAACUUGAAAACUCUCUCUUUCGCCCUUUUGAACUUUGUGAACAAAGAAAACCACAAAAAAACCAAAAAAAAAAAAUGGCGUUUGAUGAUGACAAGAAAAAGAAAUGCAUCAUCGCCGGUAGUGUCUCGAGUUUGCUAGUCAUCAUGGUUGUCUCUGUAGCUGUCGUAACAUCUAAAAAUUCGCCCAAUGAAAAUGAGAUCCGGAAAAACACCAAAGCGGUUAAAGCAGUUUGUGCACCCACUGACUUCAAAGAGACCUGCGUCAACAGCUUAAUGAACGCCUCUCCCAAAUCCACUGAGCCUCUCGACCUCAUCAAACUCGGCUUCAACGUCACUAUCAAAUCCAUCAACGAAGCACUCCAAAAAGCCUCUCGAGAUGUCAAAGCCAAGGCUGACAAAGCCCCAGAAGCAAAGGGUGCUUUCGAGCUGUGUGAGAAGCUGAUGACUGACGCUAUUGAUGAUCUGCAAAAGUGUGUUGAUCACGGGUUCUCAGUUGCAAAGAUUGACGGCUUUGUUGAGGAUCUUCGGGUUUGGCUAAGUGGCUCCAUCGCAUUCCAGGAAACCUGUAUGGAUUCCUUUGAGGAAAUUAAGUCGAAUCUUUUGCAAGACAUGCUUAAAAUCUUCAAAACAUCAAGAGAGCUUAGCAGCAAUAGCCUUGCCAUGGUUACUGACCUCUCCACCAUUCUCCCUAACUCCAACAUCACAGGACUAACCGGAACUCUUGCAAACUACGCCAGAAAGCUCUUGUCUACAAAAGAUGGUAUCCCAACAUGGGUUGGACCAGAGGCACGACGGCUAAUGGCAGCACCACAAGGAGGAGGACCACCAGUCAAGGCUAAUGCCGUGGUGGCUCAAGACGGAAGUGGCCAGUUCAAGACCAUCGCCGAUGCUCUAAAUGCUGUGCCUAAAGACAAUAGACUACCAUUCGUCAUCCACAUCAAACAAGGUAUCUACAAGGAGAAAGUAAUAGUAACCAAGAAAAUGCCUUACGUCACUUUCAUCGGUGAUGGACCAACCAAGACCAAAAUCACCGGCAGCCUCAAUUUCGGUCUCGGAAAAGUCAAAACUUUCCUAACAGCCACCGUCACAAUCGAUGGCGAACAUUUCACAGCUAAGAACAUCUGGAUUGAGAACACGGCUGGACCAGAGGGAGGACAGGCGGUGGCGUUGAGAGUAUCGGCGGAUUACGCCGUCUUCUACAGCUGUCAAAUCGACGGUUAUCAAGACACCUUAUACGUUCACUCUCAACGGCAAUUCUACCGUGAUUGCACAGUCUCCGGCACCGUAGAUUUCAUCUUCGGCGACGCGAAAUGUAUUCUUCAGAACUGUAAAAUCGUCGUACGGAAACCUAAGGGAGGUCAAUCGUGUAUGGUCACCGCUCAGGGACGCACCGACGUCCGCGAAUCGACCGGAUUGGUGCUCCACAACUGCCAUAUAGUGGGAGAACCGGCGUAUAUUCCGGUGAAAUCUGUGAACAAAGCAUAUCUAGGAAGGCCGUGGAAAAAGUUCUCGAGGACGAUUAUUAUGAAGACGACGAUCGAUGACGUCAUCGAUCCAGCGGGAUGGCUUCCUUGGCGGGGAGACUUUGCGCUGGAAACGCUAUACUACGCCGAGCAUCUGAAUAUUGGGCCUGGAUCGAAUCAGGCCCAAAGAGUUAAUUGGCCCGGAAUCAAGAAACUAUCGCCCGAGGAGGCUCUUUUAUACACUGGCGGGAGAUUCUUACAUGGCGAUACGUGGAUCCCACAAACCCAAGUUCCGUACAUCGCGAAUAUGUAG